AGCGCGGUCCUGACGCUGCCACUGAGUUGUUUUCGGUAGCUUUUCCGUGUUUACUGGUGUCGCCGUCGCCGCCGCCGCCACCAUGGGGAAGCGUCAGCACCAGAAGGAUAAGAUGUACAUUACUUGUGCCGAAUACACUCACUUUUAUGGUGGCAAGAAACCAGACCUCCCACAAACAAAUUUUCGUCGUUUACCUUUUGACCACUGUAGUCUCUCUCUGCAGCCCUUCGUCUACCCGGUCUGCACCCCCGAAGGCGUCAUCUUUGACUUACUGAAUAUUGUCCCUUGGCUUAAGAAGUAUGGGACUAACCCCAGCAAUGGAGAGAAACUGGAUGGGAGGUCCCUAAUCAAGCUAAACUUUGCAAAGAAUAGCGAAGGGAAGUACCACUGCCCGGUGCUGUACACGGUGUUCAACAACAACACCCACAUCGUGGCUGUGAGGACCACUGGCAAUGUCUACGCCUACGAGGCAGUGGAGCAGCUCAACAUUAAGGCCAAGAACUUACGUGACCUACUGACGGACGAGCCCUUCACCAGGCAGGACAUCCUCACCCUCCAGGAUCCCACCAAUUUAGACAAAUUCAAUGUCUCCAAUUUCUUUCACGUUAAGAAUAAUGUGAAAAUAACAGAUCCAGAUGAAGAAAAGGCCAAACAGGAUCCAUCUUAUUAUUUAAAAAAUACAAAUGCGGAGACCCGAGAAACGCUACAGGAGCUAUACAAGGAGUUCAAAGGGGAUGAGGUCCUGGCGGCCACCAUGAAGGUCCCAGAGAAGAAGAAGGUGGACAAAUUGAAUGCAGCUCACUACUCCACAGGGAAAGUCAGUGCCUCCUUCACUUCAACCGCCAUGGUUCCAGAAACCACACACGAAGCAGCUGCCAUUGACGAGGAUGUGCUGCGCUACCAGUUUGUAAAGAAGAAGGGCUAUGUGCGGCUGCACACCAACAGGGGCGACCUCAACCUGGAGCUGCACUGCGACAUGACACCAAAGACCUGUGAAAACUUCAUCAAGCUUUGCAAGAAGCAGUAUUAUGAUGGCACCAUCUUCCACAGAUCCAUCAGGAACUUUGUGAUCCAGGGGGGUGACCCCACUGGCACAGGCACAGGUGGGGCAUCGUACUGGGGGAAGCCCUUUAGAGAUGAAUUUCGGCCCAACCUCUCGCACACAGGCCGGGGCAUCCUUAGCAUGGCCAACUCAGGGCCCAACAGCAACAAGUCUCAGUUCUUUAUCACCUUUCGCUCCUGUGCUUACCUGGACAAGAAGCACACCAUUUUUGGACGGGUUGUUGGGGGCUUUGACACACUGACAGCCAUGGAGAAUGUGGAGAGUGACCCCAAAACUGACCGCCCUAAGGAGGAGAUCCGCAUCGACUCUACCACCGUGUUUGUGGACCCCUACGAGGAAGCUGAUGCUCAGAUUGCCGAGGAGCGGAAGAAGACGAACACCAAAGAGGAGGCCCCAGAGAGUACAGUGAAGACCAGCAAGGCCAAGCCAGGGAACCAGGGCCCCCAGACAUACCGCCAGGGGGUGGGCAAAUACAUCAAUCCUGCAGCCACGAAACGGGUAGCAGAGGAAGAACCAUCCACUAGUGCAGCUGCCGUUGUGGCCAAGAAAAAGCCCAGCCGAGGGUUUGGGGACUUCAGCUCCUGGUAGCGUCAGCCUGCUCUCCAUCCUGGUAGGGACACUCGGCUAGGAGCCGGAUCCUUAUCUCUGAAUUUUCUAAAGCCUUUGUAUACCUGCCCUUUGGGCUGUGACUCAAUAAAGCUCUUGUCUGGUGCCUGUACCAGCCCUCCCCUGGUAUAGACAGCGGCCUGGCUUUUUUCCAUACCUGGGCCUGCAUCUGUCUUGGAUCCGCAGGCAUGGGGUCUUGCCUGAAGAUUGGCACACACUCAAGGUGGGAGGAAGGGCUGUGUCCUGACUUGGGUUUUCUUUUCCUUUCACCACCACCCCCAUAUCCCAUUAUCUUCUCAGGGAUUCUACACCAUUUGGUCCCUGACCAGUGAGUGGCAUUACAUGGACCCUUUUGGAAAUAAAUGUACAGAUUCUAGGUCUUCAGGAGACUUGGGGGUGGGGCUCCUGAUGCUGGCGAUUUGGGGCCCUUGGGUG